AAUCAGUGGGCGUGGUUUCAAGUCUCCUACAAAAUGCCGGUAAAAUGUGGUCGCCCUGGGACUUGAGUGUUUGGACCUGAUUUGAGUUCUUUUGACAUUUAACCACAUGUGAUCCUGAUUAUUCUCCAAGCAUGAGUUCAGGAAAGCCUUGCAUUGGUUGCAAAAUUGCGCUAAUUUCAAAAGCCCAAAAUCGUUAUGAGGGUAUUUUGUACACAAUUGACAAAGUGAAUUCAACAGUGGUCCUUGCUAAAGGUAAGCGGUGUGGAUAUAUGCUUGACAGAGUGAGAUUUCAACAUUACUUUCUCUGAUAGAACUUUUUUCUCCUAAUUAGUCAGGUGUCUGGGAACUGAAGGAAGACCCACUGACAGGCCAACACCACCUAAAGAUGAUGUUUACGAGUUCAUCACUUUUCGUGGAAGUGAUAUUAAAGAUAUAACUCUGUGUGAGUCUCCAAGAUCUCACCAUGGCCUUCCUCCAGAUCCUGCAAUAGUACAGGUAAGGAACGUAUGCGGUUUACACCUUGCAGUUUGUGGCAUUUAAGCCCAUUUACCAUUUCAAGAACUGUAUCUGUGAAAUUGUUGCACAUCUUUUUGCUCAGUCAUCUAUUGUAGGGUCUUCUGGAGUUUAUCAUCCUCAUGGCCCAUUUAGCCCAAGGAUGCAGGCUCACAAUCAGCUUGCUGCUGGCCCUGUCCUCAGCCAGCAGUACGCUGCAGCUCUUGGCCUUGGUGAGCCACUGAAUGCAGAUUUAUUCAAAGUCAACUGAUCAUUAAUCCACUUGCUUAUUGUUGUUAAGGACCCUCAAGUAUGCUGUCAAAAUGCUACAGCUAUAGGUUGUGUUUUUCAUGCCUGGUCUUUCAGGGUUGCAAGUUAGAAGGGGCCCUAUGGUGGAAAAAGCUGUUCAAACCCUCCAUGUGGAUAGAUCGAGACAGAGAAGACCCCUGACUGCAUCUCAGGAGCAGGAGUGGCGAUGGGAAAGGAGGAGGCCCCUAAGGACCAGACAAGAGAGUCCCCAGACCAGAGGAAUCUCAGGAGCCACCAGUAAGUGGGCCUUCAAAGAACUGCAGUAAUGAAAGCAAAGUAAAACCAGUCUUGCAUCAAAAUAUUUACCAAAUAUUUAACAACUUGAUUGUUUUAUGUUCUCAAGAUACUUACCUGGAUUCAGUAAAUGAUAAUCCAUAAUUGUAAUUGCAAGUCUGAAACUUAUUUCAAAUUUGAGGGAGGUCCAGGCCUGGGUUGACCAGUGCUGAAACUCUGCAGCAGAAUAAUGAAAACAGGCUGCCUCCCAGAAGAAGACAAGGUAAUUUUGCAACAGAAGUUUAAUUUUGAAAAGUGAAAAUCUGAAUUUUCAUGCUUGACUAGUGUCCAUUAUCCAAUGUUCAAAAACUAUGUAGGAGCCCGAAGGCGCAGGAACCGUAGCAGGGGUCAGAUGAUGGUGGCAAGUGGUCCGUCUGCUACUCUUAAGUUUGACACAGACUUUGAUUUUGAUUCCUCAAAUGCUCAGUUUAUGAAGGAGCAGCUACAAAAGGAGGCAGAGGACCGGAUGAAUUCAAAAGGUUGAGACCACAAAUACACCUUUUUUUUAUUUUUAAUUUUCAUCACCUGUUUUCUGACCCACGUUUAUGCACCACACUGCUGGCUCAACACUUUUUUGUUGUUAAUACAUGCCCUUGAGGAUAAUUCACAUUUGUGUUGGCAGAAGGAGAUCAUGAAGCAGAGGAGAAAGAAAAGGAGGAAUUGCACUUGUCUGCGGAUGAUGAGCACUUUGGACCAAAAUGCUAUUAUGACAAAGCAAAGUCUUUCUUUGACAACAUCUCAUCUGACAAGAAGUUCAGGUAAAAGUGGGACAUCUCUAAUCAUCAUGUAUCAUGUUUGUUGCAGCAGGCUUUUAGCCUCUCCUUUGUGUUUCAGACUGACAUGGGCCGAGGAGCGAAAGCGUAAUCUGGAAACUUUCGGUGUCCCAGGGCGGUUCUUGAGGGGCCAGGGCUUCAGAGGAUACUCUGGACGAAGAAGACUAGAAACUCCUCAGUAUUCGUCUUAUAGAACCAGGAGUGGACAGCUGUGAAGAUCAGAUUUAGCCAUGGCACUAUAAGGAAUUAGUCCUCAGCUUCAUGCUUCUUGUGUAUAUUAUCGUAUUAAUUAAUCAUUGCAUUGUAUAAAGCUAAGUUUACUUUUUUCCUCCUUAUGGCUUACUAUAUGCGCCUGUGUUGACACUUUUCUUUGUCCUUAUCAUUCCACAGUUGUUUUGUUUAGCUCACAAGGGGGUCCACUAUGACAUAUUUCCCCUCCAGUAUGUUUUGAAAGUUAUUUUUUUUUUCUUUACUUUAAUAGGAAGUGAAUAUUUAAGUUUCUAUUGUCUGCUAUGUGGAAUAGCUUUACUCCUAAAUUAUGUUGUUUCAUGCCAGUAAGUAACCUAUGGCUUUGCCUGAUCGGGGGUCCUCCUAAUAAGUUGUACAUUUAUUUCAUGAAAUGGUGUUGUGAUGUAUGAAUACUGUCAACAUAGAAUGAACUAGAUUUCAGAGUAUUUAAAGAAUAAAGGCUUGUAUAUUGCUUUACUCUGUAAUAAAGCAACUUACUGUAAAUAAACUGGAAAUUGCUGAUGUG